AUGACCAGGCUUGUCAAGCCCACAUGGACCGCCGAAUUCGAGACUGUCAAGCGUCAAAAAUUGUUCCAAAAACCUCCAAAGGACACUACAGCAUAUCCCGCACUCUCGGAUGCUAUUGAUCCUCAUAUCGAGUCUUUCAACGCUCUGUUGGAGGGGAGCAAGCUGCUUGAAGCCGGCUUAAGAGAUAUUGGAGCCAAGAUCUGCCUCGACGGCGAACGAGAGACGCCAGAACAACGAAGGCAAAGGAAGGAAGUUGGCAGAUCGCGCCCUCACAGGAAUCGCUUGAGUAUCAGGGUCCGAAACGUCUUCUUAGACAAAGCUACUCUGCCGAUCACGAAUAGGGUCAGCACACGAAAUCGCGAGGUACUGCCCGCAGAAUGUAGAGAACGUCACGUAACGUAUAGAGGCAAAUUCCGCUGUACGUUACAGUACAAAGUCAACGAUGGCAAGUGGGAUGAGUCUAUCCGCGAGUUAGGUCAGCUUCCUAUUAUGCUUCGAACAAACCGCUGUCAUACGCAAAAGUUUACUCCGGCUCAGCUGGUACAGGCGAAAGAAGAUUCAGAAGAGUUGGGGGGAUACUUCAUCGUGAACGGAAAUGAGAAGCUGAUACGUAUGCUCAUAUUACAACGACGUAAUUACCCAAUGGCAAUCAUUCGCGGAUCUUUCCUCAAGCGCGGACCUUCGUAUUCAACAUUUGGAAUGCAAAUCCGCUCUGUGCGGCCCGACCAGACAUCACAAACUAACGUGCUUCACUACCUCAGCGAUGGCAACGCGACAUUUCGAUUUUCUUGGCGCAAGAACGAAUACCUUGUUCCCGUUAUGAUGAUACUCAAAGCACUUGUCGAGACAAACGAUAGGGAGAUUUUUGAAGGCUUGGUAGGUCCAGUGGGCUCACAAGCAGUGCACAAUACCUUCUUGACUGAACGUGUGGAACUACUCUUGAGGACUUACAAGGCGUAUCAGCUACAUGGUAGGUCAGAGACACGAGCAUACCUAGGAGAGAAGUUCAAGCCGGUCCUCGGCCUCCAUGAAGACAUCUCAGACUACGAUGCGGGAUCAGAGUUUUUGCGUAAAAUCGUACUUGUUCAUCUUGGCAAUGUUGAUGUCACAGAAUCUCAGGACUGUGACAAGUUUAAAAUGCUACUGUUCAUGAUCCAUAAAUUAUAUACUCUAGCUGCCGGAGACUGUACAGCAGACAACCCAGACGCAGUAUCCAGCCAGGAGAUCCUGUUACCCGGGUCACUCUACGGAAUGAUUAUCAAGGAGAAAAUCGACGAGUAUCUGAAAACCAUCCAAAGUGCGGUUCAGGAGGGUGUUUUGGGCAAUGGGAAGCCCCUGUUUACAGAUCCAGGAUUUUUACAGCGCUUCUCUUCCGAUUUCUUAAAAAACGUGAAUGAGAAUAUUGCAGGCAGUCUAGAAUAUUUCUUGUCCACUGGCAAUCUUGUCAGCCCCACAGGCCUAGACCUCCAACAAACUACUGGUUUUACAGUCAUGGCAGAAAAAAUCAAUUUCUACCGCUUCAUCAGUCACUUUCGCAUGGUCCACAGAGGCAGCUUCUUUGCUGAAUUGAAGACCACAACGGUCCGUAAGCUCUUGCCCGAGAGCUGGGGUUUCCUGUGCCCUGUGCAUACCCCUGACGGUGCUCCUUGUGGCCUAUUGAACCACCUUGCGCACAAAUGCAAAGUCGUUACAAUUCCCUCGAAUGUCACUUCGAUACCCAGUCUCCUUACUCAGUUCGGUAUUGACUCUGCAUUGUCUGCUUCUAUGGGUGAUCAAUUGGUUGUCCAGCUUGAUGGACGAGUAUUGGGAUACUCCACACCGAAGCAGGCUCGUAUGAUAGCCGAUGUAUUGAGGCACUGGAAGGUCGAAGGCACUCACGGUAUCCCUCUUGAUCUUGAAAUUGGCUACAUCCCCGGACAGCAUGGGGGUCUAUAUCCCGGAAUUUACCUUUCCUCGCAAGUUGCUCGCAUGAUCCGGCCUGUGACAUAUCUCCCACUCAACAGGACAGAUCUGAUCGGGCCCUUUGAACAACCGUUCAUGUCCAUCGCAUGUACAGAACAGGAUAUUGAAUCAGGAGAAUCCACGCAUCUCGAAAUAUGCCCCACGAACAUCCUUUCCAUUGUUGCCAAUCAGACCCCUUUCUCAGACUUCAAUCAGUCGCCGCGAAAUAUGUACCAAUGUCAGAUGAGUAAGCAAGCCAUGGGUACUCCAGGAACCUCACUUCGAUAUCGUACAGAUAAUAAAAGCUACCUACUACAAAAUGGUCAAACACCCGUUGUACGACCGCCACUAUAUAACGAGUAUGGUCUCGACAAUUAUCCUAAUGGCAUGAAUGCUGUCGUCGCUGUCAUAUCAUACACAGGUUACGACAUGGACGAUGCUAUGAUUAUCUCCAAAUCCGCGCACGAGCGUGGAUUUGGGCAUGGUACUAUCUAUAAAACCAAAGUGAUAGAUCUAUCAGAGUAUCGAAAGGGCAAAUCUGUCCACGGUAUUGGGCAACUCUUCGGCUUCGCACCGAACGGUUUUGUAUCUGCCAAUACCAAACGCUUGCUCGAUGGAGAUGGUCUACCCUACAUCGGCACCAUGAUCCGAGAGAACGAGCCUCUUUGUGCUUCUCACACAGUUACGUAUGACCCAGCGCAAACUCACGUUGACGGCAUCCCUUACAUCAACCGGGACGGUCAAACCAAAUUGCACCCAUACAAAGACCCAGAACCCGCCUUCAUUGAGAGUGUGACGCUCAUGGGCUCUGAAUCAGGGGCCGAGCCCCUGCAAGCCGUCAGUAUCAAGUUACGUGUCCCGCGUUCUCCGGUCAUUGGCGACAAAUUCUCUUCGCGGCACGGCCAGAAAGGCGUAUGCAGCCAGAAAUGGCCAGCAAUAGACAUGCCCUUUAGUGAGAGCGGGAUCGUCCCCGACAUCAUCAUCAAUCCGCACGCCUUUCCCUCACGCAUGACAAUUGGUAUGUUCGUUGAGUCUCUGGCAGGAAAGUCUGGCGCGCUUCAUGGACUGGCGCAAGAUAGCAGUCCGUGGCGUUUCAGCGAGGAGGACACUGCAGCUGAGUAUUUUGGUACGCAGUUACGUACUGCGGGUUAUAACUAUCAUGGUAAUGAGCCCAUGUACUCGGGUAUCACGGGGAAAGAGUUCGCGGCUGAUAUCUUUGUUGGGGUGGUGUUCUAUCAGAGGUUGAGGCAUAUGGUGAAUGAUAAAUUUCAGGUACGAACGACAGGGCCGGUUAGCCAAUGGACCGGUCAGCCGAUCAAGGGAAAGGCAAAAGGUGGUGGCAUUAGGGUGGGGGAGAUGGAGAGGGACGCUCUUCUGGCACACGGCUGUGCGUUUUUGUUACAAGAUCGCUUGCUGAACUGUUCGGACUACAGGAGAGAGUGGAUCUGUAAGACCUGUGGAAGCUUCUUAUCUGUGCAGCCAACAGUGUUCGGGGGUGCUGGAUCAGUGAAAAAUAAUAUUUCCAAGGGCACAGGUGUGGUGAGAUGCCGACAGUGUGCAAAAAGGGUGGAGGACGUGAUAAGAGAAGGCGGUCAAGUGGGUGUUGGGGAAGAAUGGGCUGACGGACAAGGAGAUCUGUGGAUGGGUGGAGAGGAUACAACCGUCGUUGCUAUCCCUGGGGUCUUGAAGUAUUUAGAUGUGGAACUCGCUGCUAUGGGAGUAAAGCUGAGAUAUCGAAUCGAGCCUUGA